AUGUCUGCUUUCUCACCCAAGCUUACUCAUGUUCGUUCUAUUAGCUUUCCUGCUAAAUCUCCUCCUAAAAUAUGCAAACUUGAAGAAGAGCUGAACACGCUUAGUUCUUGGGAGGCAUCAUUGGCGAAUGCAGAAACAAUCCAUGCUCGUCUUUCUGGCCUUGGAGAGAUAUACAGAUGCAUAGAGGAUCUGCUAAAUUUGACAGCAACUCAACAAGCUCUAGCACAACAUCAAGAGGAGAAAUGGGUAGGUGACAUGUUAGAUGAUUUGAUUAGGUACUUAGAUGUAUGUAGCAAGACAAGAGACGCUAUUUUGUUGAUGAAAGAAAGUGUUCAAGAACUUCAAUCAGCUCUUCGAAGAAGCAAAGAUGGAGGAGAGUCGAGCAUUGAAAGCAAUAUCAUUGCUUAUAUUUUCCGCAGAAAGAAGAUGAAAAAGGAGACAGCAAAGUCUCUCGCAUCAUUAAAGCAGGACAGCAUUUUUGCAGAGCCUGCUCUUCUAACUUCAAAUGAUCAUUAUCUAUCUGCAGUAGUGAAAGCCCUCAAAGAGGCAAGCUAG